AUCAACCUACCGCCUGUGUUUCCGCGGUCCAUUCUGUCUGAAACACAGAAUAUCAACCAUAAUUAUCCGUUUGACAGCAUCCGACUGUUCACCUUUACCUUUACUCCUCAGGCUGUCCUAAUUACAUAUACGAGAUAGCGCGCACUAUUUCUUCUGAUAGUGUAAACUGGUAGCAAUCCGCUAAAAACACUGCUAAGCUAUCGUUAGCUUCUUGCUAUCGUUAGCUCCUCGCUAGCUAUUCAUUUCGCCGUAGCGGUCCGUGCAGCCCUCAGUAAAAAAACAAAACAAACAUAAGCUGUGCUAUCAACCGACAACAUUCAUCUCAUGUCAGUUGUGAGUUGUCAUCUCAGCUCACGAGCGAAAUGUUAAGCUAAAAAAACAAAGUAGGAACCAACAAGCGAGGGGUGGUGGACCGCCGGAAGGGUAUUCGCCGAACACAGGAAGUGGAGUAGAGGUCGCUGUCACUGUUGCGCACCAUGUACACAUGGUGGUGAUGUUUAGGAGGUUGAACAGGAGGUUUCUUUAAAGGAAAAGAGGGCAACAAGGGAAACGACAACUCGAGACAGAUACUCGAGAUGGAGACAAAGAAGGCGAGUCGGUGGAAUAUGACCGGAAGUAUCACGGGAAACUAGCACCGGGUGUUAUAAGCUAUAUAGUUUGAUUCCACUGGUUGUGGGUGGGUGCGCGUGCGCGCAGAUACCAGCAACAUGCCCCUGUACGACUUUCUGGACAGCCUGAAGGACAACCCGUACUUCGGGGCCGGGUUUGGACUGGUUGGGAUCGGGACCGCGAUGGCGGUGGCCAGGAAAGGUGCCCAGGUGGGAAUGAUCUUCUUCCGCAGGAACUACAUGAUCACCCUGGAGGUGCCCUGCAGGGACAAGAGCUACCACUGGCUGCUGAGCUGGAUCACCAAGCACAGCAAGCACACGCAGCACCUGAGCGUGGAGACCUCCUACCUGGCGCACGAGAGUGGGCGGGUUCACACGCAGUUUGACUUCCACCCGAGCCCUGGGAACCACAUCAUCUGGUAUGGGAGGAAGUGGAUCAGGGUGGAGAGGACCAGAGAGAAGCAGAUGGUGGAUCUGCACACCGGGACCCCGUGGGAGACCGUGACCUUCACUGCUUUAGGCAGAAACAGACAAAUCUUCUUUAAUAUCCUCCAAGAAGCAAGAGAACUGGCCCUGAAGCAGGAAGAGGGACGGACAGUGAUGUACACAGCCAUGGGCGGCGAUUGGAGGCCCUUUGGGUUUCCACGGCGACGCAGACCACUCAGCUCCGUGGUCCUGGAGGGAGGCUUGGCCGAAAGGAUCGUGGACGACGUGAAGGAAUUCAUUGGGAACCCCAAGUGGUACACGGAGAGAGGCAUACCCUACAGAAGAGGAUAUCUGCUCUAUGGCCCCCCAGGGUGCGGGAAAAGCAGCUUUAUCACGGCCCUGGCAGGCGAGCUGGGCUACAGCAUCUGUCUGAUGAGCCUGAGUGACCAGAGCCUCUCGGAUGACCGUCUGAACCACCUGCUGAGCGUGGCGCCGCAGCAGAGCAUCAUCCUGCUGGAGGACGUGGACGCGGCCUUUGUCAGCCGAGAUCUGCUUCACGCAGAGAACCCUGUGGCCUACCAGGGAAUGGGGAGACUGACCUUCAGUGGCCUGCUUAACGCUCUGGAUGGAGUGGCUUCAUCUGAGGCCAGAAUAGUUUUUAUGACCACCAACUUCAUUGACAGGUUAGACCCUGCCCUGAUCCGACCGGGCCGCGUUGACCUGAAGCAGUACAUCGGCAAUUGCACGCACUGGCAGCUCACGCAGAUGUUCUGGCGGUUCUACCCAGACGAGCCGGCCUCCGAAGGGGAGCGCUUUGCGGAGCGCGCCUUGGCCGCCCACUCCGAGAUCAGCGCCGCCCUGGUGCAAGGACACUUUCUGCUGCACAAAAGGGACCCCGCGGGAUCUAUAGACAAUGUCGCGCAAAUGAAGUGAGAAGCGUUGUUUUACGCUUCCAGUCGGUAGUAACGGUAUUAAUAAGACGGAUGUUGCAUCGAAGCCAAGAGGCUGUAUACGCAGUUUAUGAUUGAUACCAAAUAAAUACAUUUCUGUUGAGAGCAUUUCAUCAUGUGAAAGGCGCAUACUCACCCCCCUAUGUUAGACUAUGAUGGAGUGCCCUUGAGCAAGGGACCCGAGGCUCUAACUGCUUCAGUGGAGUUGCUUCAACGGGCAGUAAUAAAGUCGAGGGAAUUUUAUUCAUCCUGCAAAAAAAAUGCUGUGAAAACACAACAAGGCAAUGUGUCAUUCUCAUCUUCAACCUGCAGACGAUGGCUCUUAGUGGCCCAGUCAGUCACCCACAUGUGAAGGGAAGCGUCGCCCAACACAGGACGAGGGCCGGCUACAUGUCCCAGAGCUAUUGGCAGUUUUUUUGUAUUGUUAUAAAUUAUGUUUAUUCUCAUAAACUAUCAUUUCCGUCAUCCACCGUGGAAGAAACAA